AUGAAUAUCGACAAUAAUAAUCAAGAAAUAUUAAAAGCUCCCAGUAAAGAUAUUCAAGAUCGUCAACAUGAAAUACUUUCAUCAAUACACAUAUUCGCACCGCAACAACAACAACAACGUCUCAAUCAAGAUGAGCUAUGUGCAAUAUCCUCAGAAAUAAAAUCUCAUACGACUGAUCAAAAUCAUGAAAGAUAUUCACAGCAGCAAGUCAACGACUAUGAAAUAGGGUCAGAUGGUGAUAUAAAAUGGUUAGAAGACGAAUACAAAGAAUAUAUAAAACAAAUUGAAUACAUUGAAGAAUUAAAAGAAGAAGAAAAACAACAAUAUCAACUGAAACUAUCCAAACAAUUAGAAGAUCAAGAACAAUGGGAGGAAAUUCUUUUACAAAAUCUAAUAACACUUUCUGAAAAACAAUCGAAUCAGGAUUUAUAUCAAUCACAACAAGAAAAUAAUUCUUUUGAAUAUCUCCAAUACAUGUCUCGUCAUAAUAAAAGAAAAUAA